GAGAAAAAAAAGGAGGCUGAAAAUUACAAAUACAUCAAUUUUCCUUGAUUCAAAACCAUCAACAACGACAGAUUGAGAAGCAUAAACGGAUACAUAAGGCAUAAGAGGGCCCCAGCGUCCCAUGCCGACGAGCAAAUGGUUUCAAGCACUCUGAGGAAUAUAAUGCAGAGCUACAAGUUUAUCAAGGAUGCAAUGAUAGCAUGGAACAAGUCAACUAAUAAUGAAGAGAAAUCCAAAUUAUAAAUUCACCUCAAGUGGAGCUUAGGAUUCUAAGAAUUGUAUCAGACAUGCCAUGUUCUUUGAUUCUAGUAUUAUUGAUUGCACAAUCCUACCCUUUCUAACUUGUAGUUGAUCUCAAGUAAGUCCAAAUAUUCCAUCUUAUAAUCUUCAUACAUAACUACUUCCCUCGCAUCUUAUAAGUUUCUGAUUCCGGUAGUUGAUGCUCGAAAAAUGACAAGAGUAAAAGCUGCAUUGCAACUUCUCUUGCUGGGGAUUCUGCUUGCCAUGUUUCGACCUCAUUGUGCCAUCGUAUGUGGAGUUAACGCUAUAAGAAGCGGUGAUAUGGAAUCCAUGCAUCACAGCUCAAAGCUAAUGUCUGGCUAUGUUCCCACAAAUCGGGUAAAAGAGAAUAAGAUUCCUAAAAGGCCAUCUGCACCAAACCCAGUGGGAAAUCAUUGUCCACCAUCAAGAAUAUAAGCCACUUAGUACACUUGUUCUAAGCAAUAAAUUAGACGGAUGGCCAUUCUCCAGAGAGGAUUGCUUCGAUACACAACAGAAAGCGGUAUCUCUGAAUAAGUCUCAAAGAUUAUUAUUUCAGGCUGCCUUCAACUUCGAAGGACAGCAGAAUGUCCAGUGGCAACAACUUACUAGCAGAUUAAGAAUCAAUAAUCUUUGUUAGUUGCUUUUCAAUCAGUUUCUCACACUCCUGAAAGUUAAUUUCUGGAUGAGAAGGUCGUGUUGAUAUCAGCUAAUAUCACUAAUUUACCAUAAAAACUAUCUGCUUGUGUACAUCAAAGAUGUUCAAAUUGUUGGUCACUAGCUAUAGAACAGUACGAAACCAGAGACUUGGUUUAACUUACCAAACAAUCUUUCUUGAUAUUUGCUACAGCCUACAGGACAGCUUAUAAGUGUGGAGAUAGAAAAAGGGUCACUGAUAUGUUGAAUAAAUUCUAUAUAUAAAACUAUACAAAGGUGUUUAAGCAUCAAUUUCAUCUCUGCAUAUUGAUCUCCUGCUCCUUGGCGUGCAAUAAUCUGGCACUGGUAUGUCAUUGCCAUCGCUGGAAGCAAAUGACUCUUCCAUAACGUCACUACAAGAAAUCAAAUCAGUCCCCAGGUUCCAAAAAUUAAUCUUCGCGGACUGAGCACUUAAUAAAUUAAUUUUAAAUCACAUCGCGGAAAUACUGAUGCUAGCAGAGUUACUUUUGGCUUGAAACAUAACAUAAGGUUAUGCUGACAUACUUUCAGUUGAAUGGAAAAUGUCAAUUAUAUUAGUAAUUAAGUUUUGAGGAAAGCGUGGUUCUAUAGUAUAAUAUACUGCAUUCGAGAUCACUAUAUUAGUAGAACUUACCCCUCCUGAUACACUGCAACUACAUAGAGCAAUGCCUUCGACUCAUCACAUACAAAGCUAAGACACAAUUUCUUACAAGGAUAUGCUUUUUUCCCCCUCAAUUCCGCAUUUCAAUUCCCAUUAAAGAUGUUAUACGCAAGUUAAUACUGUAAAUUGUGCCUUGAAUAUAAAUCUGAGUAAUGAAAUAACUUGGAUCUUGGUAACACUGGUAUUUUUGUGAUGUUCUGGUAUAAAUUCUUUAAAUUUGCUGGCUUCUAAUAGUAGUGCAAUAUACAAAUAUAUGCCUGCCUGCCAGUGCCACUAAUGGAGUCAUAACUCUCAAGUCAUAACAUACAUGUCAAGCUGUCCAUAAAUAUAGGAUUUUAAUUUCUUAAACUCCUCUUAAUUAGUGGUUUACGUUUUACUUCCAUAACCAACCAUUCUCAUCCAUCAAUGUGUUGUUACACAGACAUGCAUGUACAAUGUCUUUCUUUCUACACACAAAUUAAUCACACAUUUACACUCCUCUGUCAAUACAUGCUAAUUCAUGUAUGCAUGUAUGUAUGAUCUUUCUUUUUCCACAAGUAAGUGAUAUAUAUAUGACAGGGCAAUCUUUAUACAAAAUUUGAGGUAAAUUCUAAGGUUAUCAUCAGCGGCAGCAGGGGCGGCAGCAGGGGCAGGUCGGAUGAAAAAGCGAUUGCGCGGGUUGUUCAGCUCAUAAUCGGCUAUAACCAAGGUUGAUUUUUGGCUGGAUACAAGAUCCGAAAAUAAGAGAUCCUGAAGAAAAUGUUCCACCAAUUUCCAGCAGUUUUGUUAGUCUUGUUCUUGCUCUUGGAUCCGAUCCUCGCAAAAAAGCUCUUGGGACUGGCAAAUGAUGCAGGACCUGGACCGCAACAACCCCCAUCCCCUUCCACUAAAUUUUUAACUUUGAAUGGAGGUCCCCCAGAGGUGAUAGCAAAAGGUGGAUACUCAGGCAUAUUUCCAGAGUCGAGCCAAGCUGCCUAUACAUUCGCGAUGCAAAUGAGUCUUCCCAAUACCAUCAUGUAUUGCAAUGUUCAACUUACAAGAGACAACUUGGGAGUUUGUAUCCCAACAGUGAACAUUGAUCUUUCAACAACAGCAGCUAUGGCUUAUCCUAAAGGAGAAAAAACCUUCAAUAUAAACGGCAAGGAUCUUCGUGGUUGGUAUGCUAUGGACUAUAACUUGGCUGACCUGAAAAACACUACGAACUAUAUACAAGGUAUAUUGAGUCGACCAAAUACAUUCGAUGGAGUUUAUGUAGUAACUACACCAGAUAAUAUUAUAGGAUAUAAUGUUACCAGGAUGUGGCUUAAUAUUGAGCAUGAUAUGUUCUACAACGACCAUAAGUUAAGUGCAGCAAAAUACAUCCAAGAUUCAGCACAAUACUGGGUACCAAGUCAUAUCUCAUCACCUGAGAUUGGUUUCUUAAAAUUUAUGGGUGGUCAGGUAGACAAAAACAGAACAAAGAUCAUCUUCAAAUUCUUGGGAAAAGAAGACGUUGAACCAACAAACCGAGAAAAAUAUGGUGCAAUACUGAACGACCUUGCCUCUGUUAAACUAUUUGCAGCUGGUAUUCUUGUCCCUAAAGAUUACAUUGUUCCAGUUACACCAGAUAUGUAUUCUGAACCCCCGACGACACUUGUGGCUGAUGCCCAUAAACAGGGUCUUGAAGUAUAUGCUUAUGGUUUUUCAAACGAUAAAAUGACAAGCUACAAUUACAGUUAUGAUCCAGUUCAGGAGUACCUUCAGUUCAUUGACAAUGGCCAAUUUUCUGUUGAUGGAAUGCUCACUGAAUUCCCCUACACCGCGUCAAAUUCUGUUGCAUGCUUUGCUCAGAGCAAGAACUUUACCACCAAGGUUGUUAAAGGUCUGAUAAUUUCUCACAAUGGAGCAAGUGGAGAUUACCCUGGCUGCACUGACCUUGCCUAUCGGAAGGCCAUUGCAGAUGGCGCGGAUAUAAUAGACUGCACUGUCCAGAUUUCAAAAGAUAAAGUAGCCUUUUGCUUGGCUAACAUUGAUCUCUCUGCAAUAACUACAGCUUUGGCUACUUACGUCGACAGAUCAAAAAAGGUCCCUGAAAUCCAAUCUCAGAAUGGGAUUUUUGCAUUUGAUCUUGACUGGAGCGAGAUUCAAGCUCUAAAGCCUACAAUUGAAAUUCCUUGGAAAGAUAGUGGCUUGGUGAGAAACCCGAAAAACAAGAACAAAGGGAAGUUUGUGACUCUUGCCAGCUUCUUGGAACUUGCCAAAGCAAAUAAGACCGGAGGAAUUUUGAUUAACAUACAAAAUGCUGCCUUUCUAGCAUCAAAGAAAGGUAUUGGUGUAGUAGAUGCUGUCACAAGGGCUUUGACCAAAGCUAGCUUUGACAAGCCAUCUGAGCAAAAGGUUCUGAUUCAGUCGGACGAUAGCUCUGUCCUGUCAGCAUUCAAGGAUAAGCCUUACCAAAGAGUACUGACAAUCAAAGAUGCAAAAAGUGAUGCUCCCAAGUCAGUUGUCAACGAGAUCAAGAAACAUGCAGAUGCAGUAGUCGUUGACAGAGAGACAAUCGUUGAAGAAAAUUCAGCAUUCUUUACCUCUGCCUUUACCAAAGUUGUUGAUGAAAUGCAUGCUUCAAAUAUAUCAGUAUAUGUCACACCUAUGAGAAAUGAAUAUGUUUUCCUCAACUUCGAUUACCUCUCGGAUCCUUAUUUGCAGCUUGCUACAUACUUCUCCGAGAUGGUAGAUGGUGUCAUGACCGACUUCCCAGCUACUGCAGUUGCAUUUAUGAGAAAUCCAUGUUCGGAUAUUCAAAAUCCAAAGACAGUACUUCCAAUAAGGCCAAUCGAGGCAGGGGAUUUGGCUAAAAUAAUUGAUCCAGUGGCAUUGCCACCUGCUUUUCCACCCAACCCACCUCUAGAGAAUUCAGAUGUAAAUGAUCCGCCGCUACCUCCUGUAGCGAAGGUAGAUGAUAAGAAAGCACCUUCACCAGGGGGUCAUAAGAAAAAAUCGGGGGCAUCAAGAAAUGUUGACAGUUGGUACAUGAUCAUUUCGACUAUAGUCUUUGGCCUACUUGCAUGAAACAUUUUUCCAAACUAGCUAGCAGUUUAUCGUGUAGAAUUGAUAUAGAAUUUUCAGUUAGGAGAGUAGAAGGAUUGUUAAUAUACAUUGGCGGGUUGUAGAGUCUGUGGAGCUUUUGAAGCUCUCAGUGGUUAGCCUUAUGUCUUAUGUCUUCCUCUUGCUACUCGUAGUUUAAGGAUUA